AAAUGCAUUUCAGUCCAUGAGUAACCAAUCCAAGCCGUUUUCUGGCAAACAAAACCUUAUGUGAGCUGAGUGUUGAUAGCCCUCACUGGACCCUUUCUUUUGCUGUGCCCCAGUUUUGCCUGGUGAUUCAGUUGAGAACUUCACAUUGACUCAGAUUAAGGAAAACAGAGAAUCAAUGAAGGUCUUUCGUAUUCUUCUCUCCGAUUGAAAGCUGAUCCAAUACUCUGACCAGUGGCCACUUUAGAUCUCAGGUUACAAUGUACAUGAAACGAGUUUGUCGAAGACAGACUUUGCCUGUUCUGUAGUGUCUUAUACAGUGUGGCUGGAUAUGAUCGUAUCUUUGUAUGUAUUUUGGAAAUCCAAAGCUUGUUUUGGCAGUGUUUGCACCAGACAACCGGAGCAUCUGAAGAAUUGCCCAAAUCAUACGAAAGCUUUCUGAAAGAUGGGUAUGAGGUCCAAGCAGCUAUUUUCACUGACUUGCCUACUCUUUGUCAUCUGCUGCUGUCAUGCUGGAAAUAUCCUAGUGUGGCCUGAGGAUGGCAGCCACUGGGUAAACAUGCAAGUAAUUUUGAGAAAACUCCACAGCCACGGUCAUAGCCUUACCGUGGUGCGUUCGUCUAAAAGUUGGUAUAUCCAAGAGAACUCUUCCUUCUACACCACCAUCACGGUCAACCCAAUGCAGACCGAAGAUGUUGGUGCUGACUACUUCAAGAUAUUGAUAGACAGGUCGUUGACACUACAAAGGAUGUCGCCUUUCUUUCGUUUCUUGGAACAGCAGAAAGAUAUCACCCGCGUACUAAAGGCAUUUCACAAUGGUGCGCUUCAAAUGAUUUCUGCUAUUUUGGACGAUACAGCGCUUGUCGGACGCUUGCGAGAAGCUAAGUUUGACCUGGUGCUAACAGAUCCUGCAUUCCCAGCCGGUGUCCUGUUAGCCAAUUUCCUCCACCUUCCAAUGGUUUACAACAUUCGUUGGAUAAAUGCAGGGGAUGCUCACAUGCAAAUUGCACCCUCACCUCCAUCCUAUGUCCCAAUGUACAAUUCGUUGUUCCAUGACCAAAUGAACUUCCUACAGCGGUCGGAAAAUUUCAUACGUUAUCUGUUCAGCCUUCUUCAGGAACGAUACAUCAUCGUGCCAAUUUACAGCGAGCUGCUUCAGCGUCACUUCCCGCCCGGCACUGAUCUUCUGUCGAUGCAGCUAUCUGCAGACAUUUGGUUGUUGAGAGUAGACUUUGUUUUUGAGUUUCCACGGCCCACCAUGCCUAACGUGGUCUACAUGGGCGGCUUUCAGUGUCAGCCGGCUCAAGCGCUUCCUGCUGAACUGGAAGAGUUUAUGCAGAGCUCUGGAGAGCAUGGAGUAAUCAUCAUGUCCUUGGGAGCAGCAGUCAGUGCUCUUCCUACAGCAAUCACAGAAGCCAUUGCUACAGCCUUUGCUGGGAUCCCUCAGAAAGUUUUGUGGAGGUACCACGGGGAACGACCCUCGACUUUGGGAAGCAACACUUUACUUCUAGAGUGGUUUCCUCAGAAUGAUCUUCUGGGCCAUCCAAAGACUCGCGUGUUUGUAUCUCACGGGGGUACCAAUGGUGUCUACGAAGCUAUUUACCAUGGAGUCCCCAUCUUAGCUUUGCCACUCCUCUUUGACCAGUUUGACAACGUUUUGCGACUCCAGGUUCGAGGUGCGGCUCGAGUGCUUCAAGUCGCAACGCUCACCUCCGAAGAAUUCCUGGAAGCCCUCAAAGAUGUCCUUGAGAAUCCGCUGUACCGAAGCAGCAUCCGCAAACUCUCAGAGCUGCAUCGAGAUCAGCCCUUGUCUCCUCUUGAUAGCGCCACUUUUUGGAUUGAGUAUGUUAUCAGACAUAAAGGAGCUGCUCACCUUCGCUCAGAGGGAAAUAACUUGCCUUGGUACUCUUAUCAUAGCAUAGAUGUGUUGGUGUUUCUACUGACAUUCACUGUGAUUGCUCUUUUGACCUCAGUAUAUGUCUGCAAGCUUUUGUGUUGCAGGAAGUCAAUUAAAAAGAGGAAGGUGGAAUGAACUGAGAUUGAACAUUUGACAUGUACUUUUUGAAAGCUGAUGAAACACUGAAUUAAGUGCAGCAGCCAAAUAUCAGAUAUCAGACUAUGUUCUAAAACAUGUACUGCUCAAGACAUAGGUUUGAUGCACGGGUCAUUCCAUGAAAUCGGUGCCUUUUGUGUCCCUAAGAAAUAAUCAAACAUAGAUUUAAUAUAACAAAUAAAUGUGCAAUUAAAAAAAAUAACAAUACUAUUUAUGCUUUCAUCUCUAUUACAUCAAAAAAGCUAAUUAAAUAUUAUUUUAAAUCACUUAAAUGUGACCCUGGACCACAA